AAAGGAACAACAGCAACAGGCUGAAGCAGACGAUCCUCACAACGGGUACUUUUUAGCUCAGUCAACAUGGCGUCUUCAAUAAUGGACGUAGUGGGUAAAGCUGUGGUGGGAGUGUGGCGGGCGCACACGGUCCUGGACGAGUCCGACGGUGCGGAGAGCCCCCAGGAAGCCCCCGACCGUUUCCGCAAGCUUCGCUCUUCAUCUUCACUCAACUCUCUGCGGAUGUCUUUGCGCAAGCGGCUCCCGCUGCGCUCUGUCCAGACCGGCUCCCUCCCAGAAAACCCAACUUGGGAAACCCAGAAGGAGCAGCCGAAGCCCAACGCAGUCCGCCAACUUACACGCAGUGCUCGGAACUCCGUCACUGACGUAUAUCAGAGGCUGCAGAGGACAAGAGAGUUUUCCCGUGAGGAGUGUUUGGUGGCGACCCCGGGUCGGACGUGUGAUGGGGAAGAACCGGGUGCGUCGACUUCUCGCACCCCGAGACGCACGCCGGGCCGAGCUGCAACACCCAGACGCACCCACAGAUCAGGGGCCACACCUGGACGCACCCCUGGCUCCAGAGGAAGGAGGACUCCUGAGGCUGGAGUACGAGGGGUGAAGAAGAGAGGAGGCCGGAGGCAGCUGGUCCGCAUGGCCGCGUUACAAAGUCCCUUCGCCUCCCCCAACACACAGAACCAAAGGAGAAAGUUUGACAGCGAUCUGGACUCGGUGUCCAGUGGGAUCAGGAGGCUCAAACAUCUGUCCAAGGCCUUUGACAACAUAAUUGGCAGAGACAACGGGUCCAGUACAAGGGACCGUUCUGGAGGAGCCGUGAUGAGAAAGUUGGACCCCAGCGGUAAACUGAGUCGCUCAAACCUCACACGUCGAGCCUCGAACCUCUCGAACACGCUGGGGAGUUGGACCCACACGGCUGUGAACACGAUCCGUAAACCCAACUGAGCUACAUGUCUGUAUGUAAAACACGGG